CAAACCGCCAUGUCAUGACCACUGCCCCCAGCACCCACACUGCCAAGUUCUUCAACGGCGACUGGGUUCAGCUUGCUCCGUGGUACUACGACCCGCUUCAUGACUAUGCCUUCUUCAAGUAUGAACCAUCUAUGCUGAAAACCAAGCCCAUCGAGAUUGAGCUCGCCCCCGAGAAGGCACGACGGAACACCGAGUUCAUGGUGGUCGGAAACGACAAUGGUGAGAAGCUCUCCUCUGCUGUAGGAUAUCUAGACGAUGUCAUGCGCGGCCCGCCCGAGUACAGCUCGAAUGGCCUGGAGCUUGUUGACGUCAACACGGUGUACUAUACGUCGCUUACCAUGAAUUCACGUGGCUCAUCAGGCGCACCUGUGUUGGAUGUCGACGGCAAGGCGCUGGCGAUUGUGGGCGGCGGCAGCUCAUCCUCCCGGCAUAUUAUGAUGCUGCCAUUGCACCAGGCAAAGAAGACACUGGCCAUUCUGCAGGAUGGUGAGCUCCCGCCCAGAGGCACAAUUCAGGCUGUGCUUGUGCGCAAGGAGCCAUCUGAGCUCGAGCGCAUCGGGUUUCCGGUAGACGAGGUAAUCGCCAUGUCUGGCGAGUUCAGGAAAGAAAAAGGAUUGCUGCAAAUCGAGUCGACUGUGCCACGUGGCCCGGCAUUCCAGAAGCUGAUGCAGGGUGAUGUUCUGGCGCUUGCCGACGGCAAGCCUGUUUCAGAGCAUCACCAUUGUCGCAUACCGCGACAACCAGCAGUUCGAGGUGUCUGUUAGCGUUCACGAC